AUGGGCAAGUCGACAAAAGAUCAGCGUGACCACUUUUAUCGGCAGGGCAAGCAGGAGGGGUAUCGUGCACGCUCAGCGUUCAAGCUGCUGCAUUUGGAUGAGCAGUAUGCGCUGUUUGGUCGGCCUGGCCACUCGUUGGGUGCGCGUAUCGUGAACCAGGAGCGCGGUGCGCCUUUGCCCUCCGACGCGGCCUCGCGCUUAUGUGCAGAGCUGGGCGAGAAGCUAGGUCGGAGUGUGUACGCGGCGCUGGCUCGUGAUGCUCAUCCACCAGGCUAUGUGAUAGAUCUGUGUGCUGCGCCGGGCUCAUGGAGUCAAGUGCUCAGCCGACAGCUCAAAAGCAGCGGGGCCUGCAUCGUCGCCGUGGACCUGCAGUCGAUGGCCCCCCUGGAGGGCGUCACGCAGGUGGUGGGCGAUAUCACCACAGAAGAGACGUGCGUCGCCGUGCAGCAGGCGUUCCAGCGAGCACAAAGCACUGCCUAUACCCAACCUGCCGACCUCAUCGUGUGCGACGGCGCACCCGACGUCACAGGCCUGCAGCUGGUGGACGAGUUUCUGCAUGCACAGCUCAUGGCGUCGGCUGUGUCGAUGGUCGUCCGCCUGCUCCGCAAGGAUGGCACGUUUGUUGCCAAGGUGUUCGCCGAGCCACACACGCCAUCAACGGACAUGCUCCUGGCCCAGCUGCGUCGGCUCUUUCGAUACGUGGAACUCGCCAAGCCACCCAGCAGUCGCGCCAGUAGUGCGGAGCACUUUGUCGUGUGCAUGGGCUUUUUCGGCACGCAGAAAAGCAUACCCACCCUGCAGCAGGAGUUUCUCGGUGACUUGAGCGGGUAUAAUGCUACGUAG